UAAUAAAUGUAAGAUAUAAAGAGUCGUUUUUACGUUUAGUUUGGGUAAUUUUUAUCGUACCUAAAUGGCUUGUACGACGGAAUUCGGCCCUGACUCUGGUGGAAGAGUAAAGGGCAUAACUAUCAUAAAACCUAUAGUCUACGGAAAUGUAGCCCGUUAUUUUGGUAAAAAAAGAGAAGAAGAUGGACACACUCAUCAGUGGACAGUGUAUGUCAAACCCUAUCAUAACGAAGAUAUGUCAGCUUAUUUAAAGAAAGUACAUUUUAAAUUACAUGAAAGUUAUAAUAAUCCAAACAGAAUAAUUACUAAACCACCCUACGAAUUAACUGAAACUGGAUGGGGUGAAUUUGAAAUUGUUAUUAAAAUUUAUUUUCAUGAUCCAAAUGAACGACCUGUAACUAUAUAUCAUAUUUUAAAAUUAUUUCAAACCUCGCCCGAACUUCAAGUUGGAAAAAAGAGCUUAGUUUCAGAAUUUUACGAUGAAAUUAUAUUUCAAGAUCCUACAGCAUUAAUGCAACAUUUAUUAAAUUCAGCAAAACCAUUGACAGCAGGUAUCUGGCGUCAUGACACAGACUUUGAAGUUAAAAAGGAGCAAACACUGAAAGCUAUAAAGGAUGCUAGGACUAAAAUUAGAAACGAGGUAGCAGAAUACAAGGAAAAACUUACAUUAGCAAAAGAAACAAUCAACAAAUUUAAGGAUGAAAUAUCAAAAAUUUCUAAAAGUGGAGGCUCGUUAUCUGUAACUUGAUAUAAAAAGGAAUUAUAGCAAUAACUAAUUAAUUAUAUUUUUUUA